GGCAGCGGAUGCGGGUUCCGCAGCCCUGCGCGGGCCCUACGUGCAGGCCACGCUGGCAGCCGUCAGUGCGGCGCUGCAUGCGGCGGAGGCCUACACCCGCUGGCGCAACGCCGCGGUGGCUGCCGCGGGCCGCCUGCCCUGCCGGCUGGAGCGGCUGGAGCGGCGGCUGGGGCUGAGCGGCAAGGAGGCGGCGCUCCUCCGCUUCGUGCUGUUCAGCCAGACCAGCCAGGAGGAGCUGCUGACGGCGCUGACGGGGGAGGGGCGGCUGGCCAGGCUGGCGCAGCCCUCAGCACCCGCAUUCGUGGGCAUGAGCACGCAGGAGUUCCUGGCCUUCGUGGCUCCGGAGCGCCGCCACAUCCGCGAGGGACUGCUGCAGGACAUUUCAAAGGCCCUGCUGAGCGGCACGGAGGGGCUGAGCCCCUGGGGCGGGCUGACCCGCGGCUGCUCGCUGACGCUGGGACUGGAGGUGGUGAAGGCGCUCAUCGGGGAGGGGCUCAGCCAGGAGGAGCUGCUCAAGAUCGACAAGACUGCGGUGAUGGAGGUGCUGUGCGAGGAGCCAGGGUUCGCGGCCUCACGGGAGGGACACGCCUUCCCACUGGGACCGGAGGCGGCGGGGGCAGCG